AUGCCGCCUCCCAUUGAGGAUAUCUCCGACGAGGAGUCCGGCGACAUCCCCUUUGAUGACAAGAACGGUACCACCGAAGAUGCGAAAGAACCCGAUCAGGUGGAAGACGAGGACGAAGAGGAUGAUGACGAGGAAGAGGGAGAGGACAUCUUUGUUGUUGAGAAGAUCCUCGAACACGCUUGGAUGGAUGAUGGAUCCUUCAAGCUACAGGUAAAGUGGAAGGGGUGGGACAAGCCAGAAGACCUUACGUGGGAGCCCGAGUCAUCUCUAAAGGACGGCGCCAAGGCCAUCUUGGCUGCUUACUACAAGAAGAUCGGUGGACGCCCUAGGAAGAACGCUGCGAAGCCUGGACCUAAGCCCGGACCCAAGCCUGGACCGGGUCGCAAGCGCAAGUCGAUGGGCGAGGCCAAGGAGACUUCGGCUUCCGCCGAACCCACCGAACAGAAACGGCGACGAAAGUCCUCCGCACCCGCGACAGAGGAGACGCCCGCAGAGACGGCUGCUGAGAGCGAGGAGGAUGACCUGAGCUGGACGCCCAAGGGCAAGGACUGGGGUUCCCAGCUCCAGAAAGUUGACACAAUCAUCAGAGAUCAAGACAGCAAGCAACUAUUUGCUUUCCUGCUCUGGAAGAAUGGAAAGCGCUCUCGCGUUGCACUGGAGACAUGCUAUGACCGAUGUCCGAAGCAGAUGCUUCAAUUCUACGAGAACCAUUUGGUCUUCAAGGAGACUUGA